GCCAUGGCGGGGUUUCCAGGGCCUCUUCUCUGCGGGGCCCUGUUGGGCUUCGUGUGUCUGAGAGGGCUAGCCGUGGAGGUGAAGGUACCCACCGAGCCGCUUAGCGCGCCGGUGGGCAAGACUGCGGAACUGGCCUGCAGCUACAGCACCUCGGUGGGAGACAACUUCGCCCUGGAGUGGAGCUUUGUGCAGCCUGGGAAGCCUGUCUCUGCGUCCCAUCCUAUCCUAUACUUCACCAAUGGCCAUCUGUAUCCAACUGGUUCUAAGGCAAAGCGGGCCAGCCUGCUUCAGAACCCCCCCACAGGAGGGGUGGCCACCCUGAAACUGACUGAAGUUCACCCCUCAGAUACUGGAACCUACCUCUGCCAUGUUAACAACCCACCAGAUUUCUACACCAAUGGGUUGGGGCUAAUCAACUUUACUGUACUAGUGCCCCCCAGUAGCCCCUCAUGCAGUCAGAGUGGGCAAACUUCCAUGGGGGGCUCUGCUGCACUGAGAUGCAGCUCUUCCGAGGGAGCUCCAAAGCCAGUGUACAACUGGGUACGCCUUGGAUCUUCUCCUACACCUUCUCCUGGCAGCAUGGUUCAAGAUGAGGUGUCUGGCCAGCUCAUUCUCACCAACCUCUCUCUAACCUCCUCGGGCACCUAUCGCUGUGUGGCCACCAACCAGAUGGGCAGUGCAUCCUGUGAGCUGACCCUCUCUGUGACCGAACCCUCCAAAGGCCGAGUGGCUGGAGCUCUGAUUGGGGUGCUCCUGGGUGUACUGUUGCUGUCAGUUGCUGCAUUCUGCCUGAUCAAGUUCCAGAAAGAGAGGAGGAAGAAGCCCAGGGAGAUAUAUGGGGGUAGUGACCUUCGGGAGGAUGCCAUUGCUCCUGGGAUUUCUGAGCAAACUUCUGUGAAGGUUGAUUCUAGCAAUGGACUCCUGGAAAGGCACUCGUCUGCCAGCACUGUGACCACCACCAAGUCCAAGCUCCCCAUGAUUGUCUGACUUCUCUCAGUCCAUGAGGAUGGCGAGGGGUGAUUAUCAAUAAUUAAAGUCUUUGGGUACCAUA